GGGGCAACGGCGUCUAUUAGUGAAACCAAAGCAAGAAGAACAUGAGAACCAGAUUAUCCAAGUUUUCUGCAAAGUCUGUCAGAAAUAGUCUGGCCUUACAUGGCAACCAGAAAACAAUGAGAUAAAUACUUCCAAAGACAGAGGAGCGGCAACAUCUAGAGAGCCAGAAAAGGAAAGACAAGAGAAGAACCAGGUCUACAUUUGGCCCCUCUUCCCAGCCUCUUUUCCUCUCAGGAAACACAUCCUGUUGCUGGCCGAGUGUGGUGGCCAACGUGUUUGUUGCACACAAGAGAGAGGACUUCAAGUGAACGCCCCCACCCUCACCACCACCCCAGGCUGCAGACAAAAGAGUAUACAACAGUGACGUUCAAGAGGGGGUCUUUUUGGACAUUUGAGUCACACCAAAUCUUGGCACAUUUAAUGCAACCAUGGAGAAGGGAGCUGUCUGAUUAUGACACGGAUGUCUCUCAGCCAUAUGCAAGUAUUCAUCUCUGACCUAAAAGGAUUUACAGCCAGUCUGUGAGGGAAAGAACAGCAGGGGGAGGUGGGUCAUACAGAGGAGAGACUCCUCGCAACACUGUGAAGAGAAUCUAUCCUUUUUUUUUUUGCAACUUUGCUCUGCAUGUAGACAGCAGAUCACACGUGAAGCAGUGUGGGUACACAAGAUCAGAGGAUCAAAAUCCAAAGAGUCAAGCUGCAGCUAGUAGGAGCCAGUGGAAUGGACCUCUGUUGGCUUGAUCCGAGCAUACCCACAGUGCUGUCAGAAGAGGAGGGCUGAGGAUCUGCUGCAACCAACUCACGAAUGAGGAUGAAUGGAGAUGUUCUUUAGCUAAAGAUCAAGACAGCAUCCUUCCUACUGUCCAUUUGUGUGACACAAGUAAUCAGCUGGAGGAGGAGGCGGUGGCAGCGGUAGUGGUGGUGGAGGCAGUGGAGGAGGAGGUUGCUGCCCCGGAGGAGAGACGAGAGAGCAGGCAGGACACUGAGGAAGAACAGGGGUUGGAACGAGAGGGAGAGGGAGGGGGAGGAGAGGUGACGGGCAGGGGGUGUCACAUGGCCGUACAGAGGCUAGUGGCGGCGGCAGUAGCGGUUGCCCUGCUGUCUCUGGUUCUGAACAAUGUUGCCGCUUUCACUCCCAGCUGGGUCCUGCAGGCCCUGGAAGAUGGGCGCAAGAGGAGUGUGGGACUGUGGAAGAUGUGCCCCUCCGGAGGAGAGAAGGGUCGGGAUGACCUCCAGGUUGGCAGAAGGGGGCAGGGGACACAUAAGCAGUGUGAAGGUCUGGGAUGGGGCUCUGAGUAUGCUGGCUAUCAAGAAUCCCGCAGCUCUGUUAAAUUGCAGUUUGACAUGAUGCGGGCAUGCAACCUGAUGGCGACCGUGGCCCUGACUGCUGGUCAACUGAUAUUCCUCCUCGGCCUGAUGGAGCUACCGCUAAUCACACAAGAAUCCCAGUGGUGGGAGGAGGCCAUUGCAGCACUUUUCCAGCUAGCCAGUUUUGUGCUGGUAAUUGGACUUGUGACCUUCUACAGGAUCGGCCCUUACACGCACCUGUCCUACUCCUGUUUCAUGGACAUAGCCGCUUGCCUUCUAGCCACCAUGGCGGCAGCCAUGCUCAUCUGGAAUAUUUUACACCGCCGUGAUGACUGCCUGGCACCGCGGGUCAUCAUCAUCAGUCGCUCGCUGGCGUCCCCUUUCCACCCACGCCUGGACAAUGACUACGUGGACUCGCCAUGUUAAGCAAAGUGACAACUCAGCGACUAUUCAGGCUGUUAUUAAUCCUGUUGACUCGCAAGGCAUGAAGUGUCAGACGGGUCAGGCCUUUAUCUACCUGCUAUGUGCUCACUUUCAUAAUCUACAGCUAUGUCAGAAUUGUAUUGCCACACGACACUAUGUAUAUAUUUCCUAUAGAAAUGUCAUUGGUGGCUAAAUAAUUCACUAUUUUGGACCAGGACACUGUUGUGCUUAACAUCCUCCCCAAACAGAAGAUCAAGCUGGACCUUGACCUUAAAUGUUAUAUGUGAACUUAUUGAAAAGUUCUAUUAUUAAAUUGGAAUUAUGAUAGAUGUUGAUAACAUAACAGAAUACCUCAUGUUUUUUUCUCCCAUCACUUUGAAGCAUGUCAAAAUGUAAUAUUGAUAUAUCUUUAGAUGGUAAACUAAUUAAAACAUCAUUGUCAGUCAACUUAGCAACGUUUCUUAAUGGGUAACUGCAAUAUCAUUUUAUGGUGUCUGCAUAGAGGAAAUGGCGGAUACCGAAAUACACAUAAAUACUUUUCUGCAACUUAGAAGUCUGCUUGUUUGUGGUACAUUCUAUAUGCUAAUGUAAUAUUAGUUAACGGCAUUCAAAUACAGUCUUGCCAUUAAGGUGUUUUAAUAUUUGGAUUGUUAUAUGAUGAAUCUGUAAAGAGCCCAUGUGGGUCCUACACUAUUCAGAACAUAGAUAAAUUAUAAGUUCAAUAAACUGGCAAACA